CGGCCCCACCGUACCAGCCAACCCAACGACUGUGCCCACGUCCAAGAAGGAUGUCGUAGGCCACUUGCAAUGGGUAGCCAGCAAACAAGUAGCCGCCCAAGCCCGUGAUGGCACAGAGGAUUGCUGGGUUGGAUGUUGCUGCCCGUCGUCACAGGCGGCCUCGAGGGAAAGAAAGGAAGGCCAGAAAAUCGUCUCGACCCUGUCGCGAAUUCGAGUCGAAUUAGCUCGCAGAAGGCUGCCCUAAAACCGCUGCUCCAGAAGGAUGAGAUGAAACCGCUCCCUCCCUGUAUCAGGAGAUGGCGCCGAAACAGAAGGGCAAGUCGAAGGCAUCGAGCAGCAGCAAGGCAGCUGAGCUGCUCAUCAAUACAUCAUCGGCGGCCGAUGCACAAGCGGCAUCCAACGCGGGAUCUUCACAGCUGUCAGCUGUAAGCAUAGCAUACCAUGCACCAUUUGCCAUCACACAUACACACACACACGCGCGUGGAUAUAGAGGCACACACACGAUCUUUCAUCUGGUUAUAUGACCCUUCUUGUGUUGCGUGUGUCAGAUCUUUGAGCGGUUCGCCGCUCCCUCAGUCAGCCGCGAUGUGUCCGACUCAUCCCUAUCCAUCGACAACGGUCAGCGUGAUGCAAAUGAUGUCAAUCGUCCUGUAGAAAAACUGGGUCUGCCUGCCUGCCUGUCUGUCUGCUUGUGUGGCUGGGUGUCUGGCUGCAUUCAUUCAUUCAUUCAGGUGCGUCUUCACGUCCGUCAGGCUCCCCUCCCCCGCCCUCUGUUCGUUUCGAGAACAACGAUAUCGGCAUGGCUCUGCGGAAGAUGAUGAAGAAGGACUCUGUCACGAAACAGAAAGGCCUCGCAGACCUCCAGACAGCUCUCGAGACCGGUGACGCCGCCGUCGUCACCGGCUGCCUACCGGCCUUCUGCUACGUCUACCGACGGUUCGCUCUGCUUGAUGAGAGCUGGAGAGUUCGCAAAGGUGCCCAGGGCUGUUUCGUGCUGGUGGUGGGCAAGGUGGGUCGGGAGCUGGCGCCACAUCUGCGUGGCGUGCUGCCGGUGUGGCUGGCGAGCUGUUUUGACGUGAACGAGGAGGUGGCAAUGAGCGCCAGACGGGCGCUGGACACGGCCUUCCCGCCUGAGCAAGUCAAGAAGAGGGUCGACCUUCUCAAACACUGCCGGUAAGGAGGUUUACAAGCAUUGAUGCAGGGAUGCUGGAGCAUUCUCUCCCUCUCACUGUGCCUGCCUGUUGUGUGUAUGUGUGUGACCGGCUCAGGUCAGAUUUGGUGGAUGAGUAUGUGCGGUGUCUGAACCACAGUGAGAAGACGCUCAAUGAGGAGUACGGCGGCGACACCGCCAUGCAGACCAUGCCAAAGGCCGAGCGAGAAGAGCGAUACGACCGAGUGAGUAUGUCAGAAUGACGCGCACACACGCGUCACACAGCCCGUCCUCUCUCUCUUUUGUCUGUCUGUCAUGCUACCCAGGUCAUAUCGGCGACUGUGCAGGCCGUCGGCCACAUGGCCCUCCUGCUGUCAUCUCCCUCCCUCUCCCCGCCUCCCCUGCUGUCUGACGACUGGACGGCCGCCAUGCGUCGGUUCUUUCAGGGCAAGCUCGGCCUCUGGCAGUUCAUGGCCGCCAACCACCGACCCCCUGUGCGGCAGGGAGCCUGCCGCGCUAUGAAUGACGUUCUAGUGGCUUACCAGCAGGCGGGGGGGCUGCCGCCAGUGGCCAAGGGCGAUGGCGAGACGGCCAUGCCGCAGUCGCUGUGCAAUGGCGUGCUGGGGGCGAUUGGUGAUAAAACUCUCAUGGAAGAGGUCAGGCACACACGCACACAGAGGGGUGGAGGUGCCUGACUGUGCUUGGCUUGCUUCUUUAUGUGUGUGUGUGUGUCAGGUGUGUACGCCGUCAGUCGUGGUGCGGUUUGUGAAGCUAUUCGGCUCUGUCUGGGACCUCGUCAAGGUAAGUCAGUGAGCAUCCGAGCAUCCAUGCAUCCUUAGCCCCAACCACACGUGCCACACACACCGAGGGCUGUUGUUUCUAUCAUGCAGGUGGACAAGGUGUUCUUCCCCCGUCUGCUGUCGUCACUUCGCCACGGCGGCUUCACCUCCAGCCGGCAGUACUUUCACGCCCUCCCGCCCCUCCUCUCGUCCAUCCCCCCAACACUCAUCCUCUCACACGACGGCGCCCACACACAAAUGCCGCACUUCUUCUUCUGCCUCCUCCUGGCAUUCCGCCCACCCGCCCCGCCAUACCCUGCCGGCCAAGACAUCCUCACGGCCUGGUACGAGUGCUUUGUGUUUCUGCUCGAGAAGCGCUACUGCGUCGGGGGGUCGGCGAGUGCAUCUGCUGCUAGUGGUGGUGAUGGUGAUGGUGGUGAGGAGCUGACUCGGCUGGGGUAUGCCAACACGCUGUGCGACGAGUGGCUGUGGCUGCCGGUGGACAUCUACCUCCGCUGCGACAGCAAGGGACACCUAGGCGAUGGGCAGCCACCAUUGCGCAAGAGGCGAGAGCCAGAGAUGGACCACAACCACCACCAACAGCAGCAGCCGGAGCAGCAUCUUGAGAGAGAGGAGAGCGGCCAGGGUGGUCGGAAGAAGAAGGACAAAGGCGGCAAGGAGGAGAGAGAAACGUGGCAGCACCAGUUUGAUGACGGCUUUGUGCCCGCUAUCCCAAGCGAUGAGUUGGCCUGCAUGCCCGACCUCAUCAAGGGCGUCGUCAAGGUACUUCUCCACUCAAACACACACACACACCCUUCUCCCCCCCUCUCCAACACACAUAUGUCUGUCUGUGCAGGAAAUGCUCGACCGUUCCUUCCCCCGCUUCGUCUUCAUCUCCCUCCUGCGCCUCCUCUCGGCCGCACUCUCCUCACCCUCACCCUCGCCCUCAACCACAGCGCCAUCCACGCGGCCGCUGGCCAUUCUGCAAGCCAUCAUGACUGCCACACCACCAGAGACGCCGACGCCAUCGCUGCAUCAGUGGUUGACGGGCGAGGCUGGGGCGCUGGCGGGCGGCAUGUGGAGACGGCUCUUCGCAAGGCUGAGGGAAGAGCGGGAGGCAGAGAGGGUGAAGGAGCUGCUGAGUGUGUGUGAGGAGGCGCUACGCCGGCUGAGUGUGACUGAUGCAUGGCUGGGGGAGGGGGGAGGCGAACAACACCAACAGCAGCCACAGGGCGAUGCUGUGAUGCGGCUGCUGAGCGGGGAGGUGCUGCCUCUGUACAGGGCUAUGUGGCAGCACGUCGACACCUCCCACGCACAAGCGAUCGAUGCAGAGCGGCUGUCGGUGCUGGACGGCAUGUACCUUCGCGUCAUCUCGCCCUUGAUGGAUCAGCUGCAGCUGUCCGGCAACGGUGAUCGGUGGGAGGAGGAGGUGAUCGAUGGGCUGCUUGACAUCGCUGACGGCAACGGGGUCAUCGUCACGUGUGUUGUGGGGCAUCUUAUCAACAGGUAGGUACACACACGCUGGGCACACACACACACAAGAGAGAGAGAGAGGGACACGAACACACAUUGUCUGAUAACACGCGAAUCAAUCAAUCAGACGCUGGUCCGGUUCUCGUCUGCCCACCGCCCUUGAACAAGCCGCCCUGUCCAUCUGGCCCUCUUUCCUCCGCCCAUCCCUCGCCCAAGCCACUCCCGACACAGACAUCCAAGAGCGGGCCAUGGCGGUGCUCAACGGGUGUCUGUCUCGGCACUCAUGGCUGUCCCGCGAGGGGCUUCUGGGGCUGGGGCGGGUGGUGCGCCAGGGGGUGGACAUGGCCUGCGACGGGCACGUGUGUGGUGUGAGUGAGGGGAUUGUUGAUAUGGCCAAGUGUGUGGCCGAUAUACACCUCGAGGUCAGUAGGUGGUGGGCCGGAUGGGUGGGCCACAUUGACCCUGGCUGGAAACACAACACACAACAGACAGGCGAUUGCUUGGGGUGUGUGUGUGUGCUUCAGGGUGAGGGCGAGUCUGAGUGGUGCGGCAUCCAGUCUUCCCUGUUCACCUCCCUCCUCUACCUCUGGCUCACCACACCCACGCCCACACCCGCCGACGUUGGUGACGCAUUCGCCCUGCUCGCCAAGACACGAGAGGAGUCGGAGAGGAACGUUGUGUGGAAGACGCUGACAGACAUCCUCUGCACGUACGCAUCAAAACAUCCACGCACACACAAGCCCAUUCACUUAUGCGUGAUCAUUGACAGGGGCGAGGCGUCACUAGCCGGCCGGCGGCUCUCCAGCAGCACCGUCCCACCCUCUCGGUGGGCGGAGGCGGCCGUCCAGCUCACCGCCGCGGCAGCAACAGACGCCAAACAGUGGGCCCUUCUGGCCAGGUGCCUGAUGAAGGCUGGCAGUGAUGUGUGGUCCAUCGGUGCCUGGCGAGAGAGGGAGGGGGAGGGGGGCAGCCUGUGGCAGCUGUGGUGGGUGGCCGAGGUGCUCGUCAGCAUGGUCGAGAGAUGUGGCAAGACCGGUAUGUAUGCGAAGGAGCGCGUGGAAGCUCAAAUAUGGCCAUAUGGAUAUGUGUGUGUGUGUGUUGUCAGGCACGGCCAGCGGUCUCGCAGAGUGCAUCUCCUCCACCCCAGACCCCUUUAUCUCCACCCUCUCUCUGCUGCUGUACGUCCACAGCCAGGGCACAGCGCCGCCCCUCACCCCCCCACACACCACCACGGGCCCUCCACCGCUCAUCCACCGCAUCGAGGCCCACCUGACCAGACGGCUGAUGCCAGGCAUGCUGCUCUCACACCAGCAGCAGCAGCCGAUGUGUCGCUUGGUGGAGGUGUGUGUGGGUCUUGGUGUGGACGUGGGCGUGAGGGCCUUGGAGGCCGCCAUGGGCGAGUGGGCUGCCAUCGAGGAUGAAAAGGUCAGUCUAGUAGGAGUGAUUGUGAUUGAGAUUGAGAGUGGAUGCAUGCGCUGUGUUGGUGUGUGUUCAGGUGGCGAACGAUGCGCUGCUGUCGCUGUGGUCUGCCUGCCAGAGGGCUCUCGAGCAGCAGUCACCAUCUGAGCACAAUGGCACCGAAUGGAGGGUACGCGCACAAGCACAAGAAGGCACCCACAUGCACCGCAUCCAGACACCCCUGACUGCUGUGCACAUUGCAGGCCGUCCUCUCCGCCUUUCACCGCUGUCUCGCAUCAUCAUCUCACCCGCCCCCCCACACCACUGCCGGCGCACUGCUGUCCUCCCUCACACACGCAUACCGAUCAGCCAUGGCCAACGUCCACCAGUCCUUGAGACGCCUCAAGUCCCAGCCCCAGCCAGCAGACAACGAGGGCUUGGUCAAGCUCGCCGACAGUCUGCAGAGGGCGAUUGCGUUGCGCGGCGUGUGUGUGGACAUGGCUGAGGCGUUCGUGCCGAUCGAGUGUGACGGGGAGAGGAAGAGGGCGAGGACCGACUCGCCGGAGAGGAGGGCAGCAGCAGCGGCAGCAGUAGCAGCCCCUCCUCCCUCCCAUGACGAUACGCCUGUAAUCCAAGAGGUCGGUGACCCCAGACACACACACACACACAUACGCAGAAGAAAAUGUGUGUAUUUCCGUGUGUGGCUGCCGGUAUGGUGCGCCUCAGGUGGAUCCGUCAAGCGGCGAGGGCAUCCACCAAGCCGCCUUCGUCACAGAGGAGUCAGAGCUCGUUCUCGAGCACGACGACAACGACCCCGCCAUCCAAGCCCACCGGGCCCUCAACGGCGGCUACCACAAAGCCCUCGACAGCAUCGCCACACGCGCAGACACCCAGGCCACCCUCGACCUCAUCCACCAGCUGCUUUCACACCUGCUCAUUCCCACCGACCAGCAGCAGCCGUCUCUGUUGCUCAUCGACGCGGCGGCAUCCUUCGUGGCCGGUUUGAUGGAGCAGGGGCAUGGUGUGGACGUGUUGGCUGGUGCUGCGGGGGAGGGAGGGGGCGAGGUGGUGACAGCGGCUCAGAUUGGGGAGAUGGCACGGUUGCUGCAGAUGGGUCUGGCGGUGCAUGCGGCAUCUGCUCAGAGGGUGCUAGAAGGACACGGGCAGCAGCAGCAGCAGCAGGGUGUGAGGGACGUAUUGCAGGUUGUCAUGCCCACAGGUACACAAGGAUAGACACAAGCGACAGCCUCACGGAGCAUAUCAUAUCCUCACACACACGUGUGUUGUGUUGUGUUCCUUCUUGGUGACUGAAGCAGGCACGUAUCGUCUGCUGCGUGCCUUCCUCCCCUGUCUCUCCCGCCCCUACACCCUCCACACCAGCCAGCACCUGCAGGCCCUCACCACGCGCCUCUUCCCUCCACCAGCAGCAUCAGCAGCAGCCACCGAGCCCCCCUCUCCCUUCACAGAGACCCCCCUCCUCGACGCCAUCCUGUCGCCAUUCAUCGACCUAACAUGUGCUAUCGACAGUCUUGCGCGGCACUGGGUGGAGGAGAGAGACCGGGGAGAGCUGACGGUGCUCACAAUGGAGGAGGAUGGAGAUCAGCGCGAUGGCAACCACAGCCACAAGCACCAUGCGGUGCGGGUCGGCUGGAUGCCGUCGUGUGUGUGGGAGGAGGUGUGGGGCUGCAUGAGGGCCAUCGUGGGCGGGCUGCCGACAGACGACCACCACAUCUCGCAGCUGGUGCGGCUGCUCCACUGCUGCCGCUCUGUGCCGAUGCACACCUGCCUGAUGCAGCACUUCCGCAAACACAGCUGGUUCGCCGCGCCGAUCCCCCCACCCAUCACACCACCACAGGCAGAGUCCCUUCUCGCCGCCUUUGGCAGGUCGGUCAACUCCCUCACCGACAAGGCCACCGACGACACACAAGGAGAGAGGCCCGCCGCCGCAUUAUUCGCCUCAUCGGAGGAAGCUGUCCGCGCCAGCACAGUGGAGGGGCUGGGCUUGAUGCGGUGGAUGUUCGACUGCCUGGUGGGGGCUGACGUGGCGAGGGAGCUGCUGUCGCCCUACCGCCUUAUUGCGGCGAUCCUCUCCCAUGCCAUCGCCACCGAAGGAGAGAGGGGGGACACCGAGGAUGACGAAGACCAUCAGGAUGACCACGGCCUGCUGGCGUUCCCAUUGGAGAUGCUGCCCGGCGUUGUGCGCGCCCUCUGGAUGUGGCUCACCGUGCUGCCGUCCCUGCUGGACACUCAUGCGACUCACGGAGGCAGUGACGGCCAGGGAGAGGGAGGGGAGGAGGGGGAUGGGCCGUCUCUCUCGUCAUAUCUGCUGACGCUGCUGCAGACGGCCCCAUCUGAUGCGUACGAGGCGGCCGGCGAAGUGCGCAAGGCAUGGGAGGCGAUGGUGCAGACGGAGGAGGAGGAGCCUGGAGAGGCUGGAGAGCGUUCCUCCCCUCCCCAUCCCCCCUCUCCCCCUGUGCCCCCGCCCCCCUCCCUCCCCCCAUCUCUCUGUCGCAUCGAGUCGGUGGCAACUGGCGCAACACGAUCUCUGCUCACGGCUGGGGCUGGAGGUGCAACUGAGGUUGCGGGGAGGAUGACGCGCGUCUUGUCCAAGGCCGUCAGUGCCUUUGACACGACCGACACGACUGACACCGACACGGACGGCACACAACGAGAGAGACCAGAUGGGUGGUGCGGCGUAGCGGACGGCCUGAUCGACCCGUUGGUGCUGUCUGAGGUGCUCAAGAUGAGCCCCAUCGAGGUGCUGGUGGAGCUCAUCUUCGUCACACUCAUCGCGUGUGAGCCCCACCAGGGGCACCCACAAGCCCUCAUCGCGCGCCAGCCAUCCACACCGCCCAUCCACCCCCUCCCUCCCGGCCCAUCUAUACCGAGGCACAGAUUGGCCGCCGCACUCGCCAGGUGCCAGGAGGCUUUCGGUGGGCGUGUGGAGGGCAGAGGGAGAGGGAGAGGGGGCGAGAGCGGCCGGCACCUUUGGCACGAUUGGAUAUCGCAUGUACGCGAUGCCAGCAGGGAGACGGGCGGCAUGGUCGAUCUCGAGGGCCUGGGCGAGAACGGAGCGGACGCUUGGAACCCUCUCAACCCUGCCUUCGUGUGGCUGCUGGCCACCAAGGCAUACACAUGGGUGGUGCGGGCCUGCCCCACAGCCGUCCGGUCCAUCUGGUCGGCCUCCUCCAACACCAAGAGCCGGAAGCAGCUCGAGCGCUUCACGUCGACCCUCAUCACGCCCCGGCUGAUCAGUGCGGAGAUCUCGGCGGCCACGGCACAUUUGCAGCAAAACCUGGCCCAGCAGGAGGGCGAGAGGACAUUGAGAUACAACAGGCGGCUUCGGCAGCUGACGGUGGGGUUUGUGAGUGGCGAGAUGAGUGUCGACCUGGUGCUCUACUUCCCGGAGCACUAUCCUCUGCAGGCAAGAACAGGGAAACAAGGAGGCAAUGGCAUCAUGUGCACCCCCCCCUCUCUCUCUCUCUCUGCGUGGCGAUUGCUUGCAGCCGGUGACAGCGGCCGAGACCCCAGAGAUCGCCGGUGUGCCAAAGCGUCGCACCAUGAACUGGCUGCUCUCGACGGUCCGCACUCUCAAGACCAGCUCUCUGUCGGCCGCUCUGACAGUGUGGUACGACAACCUGCGGCUGUUCUCGUCGUCGUUGGAGGACUGCCCCAUCUGCUUCAGUGUGGUCCACCCGCAGCACCGAUCGCUGCCCAAGACGGCAUGCCCCACGUGCAAACACAAGUUCCACGCCGAAUGCAUCUUCAAGUCAGUACGGCCCGUCCGUCACACACACGAGAGGCAGGCGCCACGCCAUGCACUGACAACACACCUGUGUCCAUCUGUGUUUUCUGUGCUGUGAUGUGUGCAGGUGGUUCCGGACAUCGCACAAGACGACUUGUCCCCUCUGCCAGUCGCCCUUCUGACCUAGUUCUGACGGAGCUCUAGCAGGCAGGCAGGCAGGCAGCGAAGCUUACGCGAGUGUAAUUAGGUAGGUAGGAGUGUCCAGCUAGCUGCAUGUGACUGACUGACCUUUAUCAAUUCGUGCCGUUGUACACGUGUGUCGCUAAGUGCUGAUCCCAUAGACGGCUGUCCUCAGGCGGGCCCUCACAUUACACAAAGAGGGAGGGAAGAAGAGGGAGGGAAAGGGAGAAUGAGUUCGAUGGAACCCGCGCGAACGCGGGUCGACGAACGGGUACGAGGGGGUAGGGGCCCGCUCGUAACGGAAGGCGAUCGGAAAGGGACACCUUACAAAAUUUCGCGGAUCG